AUGAGUCGUAUAAGAAGCAGACCUCCAUUAUUCCUCAGGCCUAGAAUUGUAAGUGCCAAAGAGCAUACAGGACCUCCAGUUUUUGAUAUGGAAAAAGUCACAGAAAAUACAAAAGGAAUUUACGCUGAACAAAAAUCAAAAAAAACAUCAGAAAUUUUAUGGCGACUUGUAAACUGUAAACAAAGACCCUCAAGUGCUAAUAAAGAAAACUAUCCUCACGCAGCGAAAUAUGUAGUAAAAGAAGCAUUUCCGCUGAAUAAGGAUAGAUCGAAAAGAGCUCUAAGCAGCUCUCCAUCGAAUAAUUUGCCUAAGCUGAGCUUUCAAAUAUUAGCUGUUCGGAAUUCAUUUUAUGAAUCUCUGGAAAAAAUGGAAAGGGUUUUAGAUUGUAUGGAAGAUUUAAGGAAAAAUGUAAUAGUUCCUGAAGGGUUUUUUUCACCUCUAAGGACUAGAGGUGUGAGUUUUGCUUAA